AUGGCAUCUCCGCGCCUUCGGAUCGAUGGCAAAACGUUCAAGGAUCUGCAGAAUCGGGAGAUCACUAUAAGGGGAAUCAACGUUGCCGGCGAAGCGAAGUAUCCUGCGAAACCGGACGUCCCUACGUAUAUUUCCGAUCAUUUCUUUGACGCUGAUGAUGUAUCAUUCGUCAACCGACCCUUUCCUCUCGAAGAUGCACACAUGCACUUUGCGAAGCUUCGAAAAUGGGGUUACAAUACCAUAAGAUACGUCUUCACUUGGGAGGCUAUCGAGCACGCUGGCCCAGGCAUUUACGACCAGGAAUGGGUUGAAUUUACAAUAGAAGUGCUUCGUGUUUCUAAGAAAUAUGGCUUCUACAUUUAUAUGGACCCCCAUCAGGAUGUGUGGUCACGCUUAUCGGGAGGAUCGGGAGCGCCAGGAUGGACACUAUACGCCGCAGGAUUCAACCCGAAAGCUUUCAAGAAGACUGAAGCCGCUCUCGUUCAAAACACAUAUGACAAUCCAGCCCUGUUUCCCAAGAUGAUAUGGAGUACCAACUAUACCCGGCUCUUCUGUCAAGCAAUGUUUACCCUAUUCUGGGCCGGACGCCAAUUUGCCCCCAAGGCCAUCAUAGAUGGCAUGAACAUUCAGGACUACCUUCAAAGCCACUUCAUCGCCGCAUGCAAAUACCUAGCUGAGAGGAUCCAUGAAGCUGGCGAUCUUGAGAAUGAGGUUGUCAUUGGAUGGGAAAGCAUAAAUGAGCCUCAUAGGGGAUUGAUUGGUGUUCAGGAUAUCUCCGUGAUCCCGCCUGAACAGCAGCUCCAGCUGGGUACAUCCCCAACUGCUUGGCAAGCCAUGUUGACAGGAGCUGGACGGCCUUGCGAAAUCACUACAUGGGGAUUCGGCAGCUUCGGGCCUUACCAAACUGGUCGGGAGCUUGUUGAUCCCGAGGGCGAAUCGGCCUGGCUACCAGCAGACUAUGAUGACAGUAGAUACGGUUGGAAGAGAGACCCUGGUUGGAAGUUGGGAGAAUGUAUCUGGGCUCAGCAUGGCGUUUGGGACCCGUCGACCGAUCAACUACUCCAGAAAGACUAUUUCGCGAAAGACCCGAAUACCGGAGAGCCUCUGGAUUACGAAAAGUUUACCAACACGCACUUUUUGGAGCACUAUCGGGCAUAUAGGGACGCCAUCCGGAGUGUCUGGCCGGAGGCUAUUAUGUUCUGUCAGCCACCUGUCAUGGAAGUGCCCCCUGACUUGAAAGGAACGAUUGAUGACGACCCUAAUAUGGUGCACGCAGUGCACUAUUACGAUGGUCUCACUCUCCUGACGAAACAUUGGAAUCGCCUCUACAAUGUUGACGUGAUUGGUGUGCUCCGUGGCAAGUAUUGGGGCCCAGCCUUUGCUGUCAAAAUUGGAGAGACAGCUAUUAGAAACUGUUUGCGUGAUCAACUGAAGUUCUUGAGAGACGAAAGUCUUCGGUAUAUGGGUAAUCACCCGAUGAUAUUCACGGAAAUUGGGAUCCCUUACGACAUGGAUGACAAGUAUGCGUACAAAACCGGCGACUACAGUAGCCAAAUCAGGGCCAUGGAUGCAAAUCACUUUGCAUUGGAAGGCAGUACCUCCAAUGGAUUUACGCUGUGGUUGUAUUCCACAAGAAACGAUCACGAAUGGGGAGAUCACUGGAAUGGAGAGGACCUGUCUAUAUUUUCGAACGAUGACCUGGAGCUGCCAAGUGGAUCUUCAGCCCCAUUUAACCUCCAAUCUCCCGGUUAUUCGGAAAGUCAAAGCAAUACCGGCGGUCAGCACGUUGGACCAGGAGAUCUGAAGCAGGCACUUUCGCCGCCGUCGAUCUCGUCGGAACGCUCACAGCCCACUGGCGCAGGGUCCGGCCACCGAGCAGCAGAGGCGUACAUCCGUCCUAGUCCAAUCAAGACAAAUAGCCAGGUUGUGAGCCAUCUGUUCGACUUGCAAAAGUGCACCUUCACCAUGUCGCUGCAGGCCAAGGAGAUGGCUGGUCAGGAAACGCCGACGGAGAUCUACCUUCCCGAGUUUCACUUUCCGGAAGAUCAGUCAGAGGUCUCUGUUAGUAGCGGUAAAUGGGAGAUUGAUGCUGAGGAGUUCAAUUCGGUGAAAGUCCAGCGUCUGCGGUGGUGGCAUGAAGGGGGUAAACAGAACAUCAAGAUUGAAGGUGUUAAGCGCAAACUGGGCGAGGUGUCUAAUGCCCCAGGGGAUGAUAUCAGCUACCUGGAACAAUGUCAGAAGGGAGGAUGCACUGUUAUGUGA